AUGCGCCUCGUCAACACCCAAACCAUCCAACUCGAGUUCCUCAACGACGACGAUGUGCACGACCACGCCAUUCUCUCCCAUACCUGGGAACAGGAAGAAGUCCUCUUCCACGACAUGGGACGUGAUACCGCCAAGUCGAAAAAGGGCUACGCUAAGCUCGAGAGCUGCUGUCGCGACGAUUCCUGCUGUAUCGACAAGACGAGCAGUUCGGAACUGAAGGCCAGCAUCUGUUACGUGUACCUCGCAGAUAUUUCUACCAUCUCUGAAAUCUCGAAUAGUAGAUGGUUCACCAGAGGUUGGACACUACAAGAGCUCAUUGCACCAAGUUCAAUGAUCUUCUUCGACAAAGGUUGGCGCGAGUUGGGUACCAAGAUAAGUCUCGUACAUGUUCUCUCACAAAGAACGAACAUACCAGAAUCUAUACUCUGUGAUAGCGAAGAGCUAGAGACGACGAGCAUCGCACAGAGAAUGUCGUGGGCAGCUGACAGAGUCACAACAAGAAAAGAAGACGGCGCAUAUUCUCUCAUGGGUAUCUUUGGGAUCAACAUGCCCCUCUACGGCGAGGGCGACAAGGCCUUCUAUCGUCUUCAAGAGGAGAUCAUGCGCGUGUCAGACGAUCACAGCCUCUUCGCUUGGAAGGCCAUCGCUGCUCGUGGCGGUUUGCUUGCCCCGGCAUCAGCUGCUUUCAGGGGCUCGGGUAAUAUCAUCCCGUGGAAUCCAUUCACGGCUUAUAUGAGUCCAUUCACGAUCACUAACAAGGGGGCGCAUAUGGAGGCUCCGUUCAUCGCGCAGGAUACCUCCGAUCGGGGUCUUUGCGUUCUUCAUUGUACGACUAUCGGGACGAGGGAUAAGUUACUUGCAGUUCAUUUGAGGGAUGUGUAUUUGACGAUGGAGCAUUUUGAGAGAUGUAGGAUUGAUGAGUUGGAGUGGGUUGACUUGGACAGUUUUAAUCUCACACAGUACCCCGUGAGGUCUUUGUGUAUACGGCUACAUCUCCCAUCGAUCUCCCGAAGUACAGGUGUUGAGCGCAACGGCCUGUUAUUACUUGCAGAAGCCGCUUCAGCAGGAGAUUCCGGGUCGGUCUGGUCCCUACUAGCCCAAGCUCCAUCCGGAACAAUGCACGACCAGGCCCGCUCAGCAAUCUGUCUCGCUGCUCGAGGCGGCCAUGAGCGCCUUAUCAGCCAACUUCUGGCAAGAAGAGACAUAUCUACUCUUAUCACCGACAGUGAAGGCCGGGCUGCUCUGUCCCACGCUGCAGAGUGCGGCCAAGAAGCUAUCAUCAGAUUCAUCCUAUCCAGCGCCAGAAUCCAUCCUAAUACCAGGGAUAUACAUAGACUGACUGCGCUGUGGUAUGCGGUGUACCAUGGACACACUUCCUGUGCAAAACUACUUCUCCAGAAAGGUUUGGUCUCAGGCAAUGUCGGCGGUAGCGGCGAACCAGCCCUCUGCGCAGCACACGGCGCCGACCCUGAUGAACGAGAUACAAAGAGACGAUCCUCCCUGCAUAUCGUAUGCAGGCAGGAUAACUAUGAGAUAGCUGAUAGGCUAAAAACUACGGGUAAAACGAAACUAGCGUUUUCGAUAUUGAGUGGUAAUGCAGUGUUGGUGAAGGUCUUGCUUAAGAAUGGGGCGAAUCCAAGGGCGAAGUGUGCGAAUGGGAAGACGGCAGCGGCUUAUGCUACGGGGCAAGAGAUGAAGAAUCUCAAUGGGAAUCAGAGGUGGUAUAAGACGUUACUUGAUAGGACGAGUACGAAUCGGUCGUGA